AUCAGCAACAUCGUCACCAACGACCGACGCCGCCGCGUACCACCACCACCAUUCUAACCAAGCAGCUUCAAGGCGAGGCAAUUGACAAGAUAACGCCCAAUCUACCUACUAUCUCCUCCACUUGUUCACAACACAUCACCCCACCUGCUUAGAGCACCUAUCGAGACCAAGGCGACGGACUCUCCGCUCUUUCUCUGAUCCAUUGUCGUCGCCGUAACCUCCUCCUUCACGCCCCCCUCUCCUGCUUCCGACUCGACCCCCGAAAGCACCAGGGAGCAACAGUCGCCCAGCAUGUCGUGGGCAGGGUUCAAGAAGAAUGUCAACCGCGCAACGACGCAGGUUAUGAUGAAGACGGGUCACGUCGAGAAGACCAAUGACCGUGACUACGAAGUCGAAGAACGCCGCUUUCGUACCAUGGAGACGGCGUCGUUAAGACUUCAGAAGGAGGCCAAAGGCUACUUGGACUCUCUCAGAGCAAUGACCGCCUCACAAAUGCGCAUCGCCGAGACCAUCGAUGCGUUCUACGGGGACGCAGGAGCUAAGGAUGGUGUCAGCAGAAGUUACAAGCAGGCUGUCGAGGACUUGGAUGCAGAGACUAUAAAAGCCCUUGAUGGGCCCUACCGGACUACUGUGCUGGAGCCCAUCUCCAGAUUCUGUGCCUACUUUCCCGACGUCAAUGAAUGCAUCAAGAAGCGCAGUCACAAGCUCCUUGAUUACGACGCCCUCCGUGCCAAGGUCAAGCGCCUGGUGGACAAGCCCGACAAGGAUGUCACCAAGCUUCCGCGCGCCGAAAAGGAGCAGGACAUGGCCAAGGCCGCUUAUGAGCAGCUGAACGAGCAGCUGUGCACUGAGCUGCCCCAACUCAUCGACCUGCGUGUCCCCUACCUGGAUCCUUCCUUCGAGGCCCUCGUCAAGAUCCAGUUGCGCUUCUGCGCCGAGGCCUACAGCCGUAUGGCCCAGGUUCAACAGUAUCUCGAUGCUGAGACCAGAGACCAAUACGCCCAAGGCCAUCUUGACGCCCGUGUCGAACAGGUCUUACAGGAAAUCCGCGAGCUGAGCAUCAGUGGCACUGUUUGAUUCCUUUUUUCGACCACGGUAUUGGCGUCUUAUUGGCAAGGGUAGAGAGAGAGAGAGAGAGAGAGAGAGCGAGAGAGAAAAGGGUGGUCUCUUGUGUUUGUUUGAAAAUCAUCAUGGCUGGCGCUAGGACUGAAUUCACCUGAUCUGCUCACCUCGAGCGCUUACAGACGAGUGUUAAUUGUAUGAACAAUGCUCUCACC